GGCAAAGCGUGACGAAGAGGGAGUAAAGAAUCACAUACGAUACAUAAACAGCGUGAUCUCAAAGUGCAAAUAGAGACUUUGAUAUUUUGAUACAAAUACCAGUCAUCAAAGCGAUCGAGUGAAGCGUUGGUGAAGCUGAUCGAUACUUUUUGAACUAGAUAAUCGAGCAUCAUCGGUUGCUCUCCUUUCACUCUGUAUUCCUUCUAAACUUUUGAUAUUCUUGUGAGAGUUCUAGCUUUUCUCGAGCUAUUUUUAUUAGUGACUGUGCCUGAUUCGUGUCUAUACUGUGAGAGGUGUGGAAGACCCAAAGCAGUAUUCCAUCAUGAGUGGCGUCCUACAGCCUCUCGGAUCCUUGUUUUACGUCGUAGAUCCGAAUAGCACAGCCUUCAAGGAACCCGAAGAUGUGCCAAAUUACACAAAUGAGGCAAUACCGAUGUUCAUUGCCUUCAUUGUGUUGGAGUGGCUGGUAGUCAAGUUCAAGAAACAUGGGAAGAUACGACACAAUGACUUCAUAAACUCCUUGUCCCAUGGCAUUGUCUAUGAUGUGUUCGGUAUUGUGUUUCGGAGCUUCACGUUAUGGGGUUACGAUUGGCUUUACGAACGACGUGUCAUUGACCUGGAUUGGUCCUCCCCGGUGACUUGGUGGGUCGCUGCUCUCGGAGUUGACCUUGGCUAUUACUGGUUCCAUCGAGCUACUCAUGAAGUGAACCUGAUUUGGGCGAGCCAUCAAGUCCAUCACUCAUCCGAGGAGUACAACCUCUCUACGGCUCUACGCCAGUCGAUGUUCCAGCGGUAUUUCUCCUUCGGGUUCUACCAGCCCCUGGCUCUCCUGGGCGUUCCUCUCUCGGCUAUAUUAGUACACGCACAAUUCAACUUACUGUACCAGUUCUGGAUUCAUACGGAAGUUGUGAAGAACUGCGGGCCGUUAGAGUGGGUUCUCAACACGCCAUCUCACCACCGAGUCCAUCAUGGAGCCAACAAGUGGUGUCUGGACAAAAACUAUGCCGGUGUCCUUAUAAUAUGGGAUCGUCUAUUUGGGACUUUUGAGCCUGAAAGAAAAGACGAAAAGAUAGCUUAUGGGCUGGUAGGCCAACCCCAGUCACAGAAUGUACUUUGGCUUCAGGUCUUCUACUUUGGGGCAGUGUUCCAGAAGGCUCGGAGCAUGAGCACCUGGGGCGACGCCCUCCGUGCCCUCUUCUACGGGCCCGGCUGGUUCCCCGGGACGCCCCGCCUCGGCGACCCCGACACCUUCCCUGACGUGCGGGCGCCGAGAGCCAAGUACGACCCUCAGCUUCCCCUGUGGCAAGAGGUGUACGUGGUCGUGCACUUCCUUAUCAUCAUGAUUCUUCAUAAUAUCUUCAUUUCACAGAGUAUGACUUUCUCGUGGAUAACAGUCCUGAUGUUCUUCGUGUUCAUUUUCGUCUCCGUCGGAAUCAUUGGCGCCAUGUACGACGGCUGGUGGUGGGCGCCCUUGGUCGAAGCCGCCCGCUGCGCCGCCUACGUGGCCUACGCUCGUGACAUGCCAGUCAGCAACAUCGCGUUGUUGGACGUCGCCAUCCUCGCCUACUUUGCGCUGUCGACGUUACUGUGGGUCUCUCAGAGCUUGGCCGUCGUCAAAGCCACUGUCAAGGCUGCUAAGCUGGAGUAAGAGGGCGAGCUAAAUACAGUUUAAUGGCGGUGUUCUUUAACGAGAGUUGUGACAUAAACAGUUGUGUUCUCGGCGCUUCACAUGUCGAUAACGCUUUUUUGAUGGUGCUAAAAAAAUGGAAAAAUAUUAUUUCAGAUUUCGGUACGCCUUGUGUGUUAUGAAAUAUUUGGAAAAUAUUUUUUGUAGUCACUAGAGUAUUGUAGAAUUUCCUUUGUAGAAUUACCAUUGUAAGAUUGUAAUCCUUCAUGGGACAAUUUAUGUUGUUAAAAAAAAAACAUAAUCUUUGAACAAUACAACCAACUAAAGUAUAUCUUCCACAGAAUAUAUUGUUAUAAUAUAUUGAUGUAUUUUGCAUGAAAUAAGAAGACUUAAUUAUUAUUUUUGUAUAAAACUAUAGAGGAUCGUCUUUCACCUAUCAAAAGUUGUUCCUAAAGUGCGAAAUAUCGCCAGUUACACAGAUGGGAUUCCCACAAUUAUGUUCUUACAGACGUGGCAUCACAACUUUGUUUAAAUUUGCCAAUUUGUUAUGAAGUCUUUGUUAUGAAGUCCAUGUUUUAUUAACGCAUACAGCUUGACAAAUAAAGUAGGGAGAUAAUUCUGUCUACAAAUGUUUAAAAAAAUCGUUUGUAAACAGAAAUGGAAAUCAGCAUCACGACAGCUUUAUGACCUUUAUAGUAUGGUGCUUGUUUGUAAACUCCUAUAUUUAUUAUUUAGUAUAAACCAAAUAUAUAUAUUAGAAGAGAUGAUUCCCAA